AUGUCUUUCGAGACAAUUCCAUAUCUGCUCACCCAUACGGAGUGGAGGUACAGCACUGAGCUGGCGCUCGAAGAUCGGCCGAUCCAUCCACGUUUCCAGAAACUUUACGACGAACCCGUGAUUCGAAGGAGUUAUGACAAUGAAGCUUGGGCGGUCCAACUGGGGAAGCUUCAGAAUGACGAUGCCAGGCGUGAGGGCCUUUUGUUGUAUGCUUUGGUUCGUCAAAGAGAUCGAGUUGUGUCGCGCUCCAUCGCCGACGAAAAGUUGUUGGUACCCAUCGAAAACCUGGCCGCUCCAUCUGCGGACUUAAAGUACACAGGACGGUCGGAGAAAAGUCUUUCUACAGCAGAAGCAACCUUUCCAGGCCUUGAGCUGCUCCACCACUCAUUACUUAUGCUAGGUCAAGGCCUAGCAAAGUUGCUAAGCAGAUUGGCUCAUCGGUUUUCUGAGAGGUUGAACGAUGGUAAAAGAGACGAAUUACCGACGAAGAUAAAGCUAUUCUCUCGGCUGGACUCGAUCUUGGUAUUGCCUUCAACCGUUCCAGUGCUGGUGGCCGAAAUGAUAUCGUACGACAGAUUCACACUCACCAAAUCGGUCAGGGGAACAACGCCUUCCGAGAAAUUGAAACAGUAG